AUGAGUUUCGUUUUGGCCUUCCUCUUGCUGCUCAACGUUGGAGCAACUCAGGACAUAUGCGUGGUGAAAAACUGCACACUCCAUGGCCCGCCUGUCCGAUUUCCCUUCUGGUUAAAACACAAGCAGCCGCCCCACUGUGGCUUUCCUCAUCCUGCCUUUCAACUGUCCUGCACCGGAGAUCAGCAAACCCUGCUCCACUUGCCACGGGCGGUGAAGAUGUUGGUUGAUGAUAUAGAUUACAAAGCACAAGAGAUUUACUUAUCUGAUCCGGAUGGUUGCCUCAAUAGGCAGCUCCCACAUCUCGAUCUCCAUUUCUCUGCAUCUCCCUUCCAGCUAAUUCUCGAUGACUACUUGGAACAACCAGAUAAUCAGGGGUGGAGCUAG